AUGGGCAAGAAGAACUCUAAACUCAAAAAGGAGGUCAUCAAGGAGCUCGUGAACGACACUUACUGUGAGUUGACAGUAUGUUUUACGGAGAAGGAGAUCCGACAAUGGCAUAAGGGAUUCGUGAAGGACUGUCCUUCGGGACAUCUCACCGAACAAGGUUUCCUCCGAAUUUACAAGCUGUUCUUCCCGAAAGGUGAUCCUUCGAAAUUCACAUCGCUCAUCUUCCGAGUCUUCGACGAGAACAAGGAUGGCGCCAUCGAAUUCGAAGAGUUCAUCCGAGCGCUUUCCGUCACAUCCCGGGGAAACGUCGAGGAGAAACUUGACUGGGCGUUCAGGCUCUACGACGUGGACAGUGAUGGCUACAUCACACGAGAAGAGAUGUACAACAUUGUGGACGCCAUUUACCAAAUGCUGGGGAGUCAAGCCAACAGCGACGAGGAGAGUCCCCGGGAGCGCGUCGACAAAAUAUUUGAGCAGCUCGAUAAGAACCACGACAAUCAGCUGACGUUGGAUGAAUUCAAAGAGGGAUCUCGACAAGAUCCGAAAAUCGUACAGGCUCUUUCGCUGUAUUCUGCUUAAGUCGUUGUUUUCACAUCUGCACCGGCCCCCAAUCGAUCAUCAUGGAACGCAUGGAUACCGCAACUCCUUAUUUAUACGGUCGACGAUAACAGCGAAUCGCGUAUCCAUUAAACGCCUAUGACCGAGAAUUCCAUGGUCGAUCGUACCUACUAUCGUUCGUCGACGCCGCUUUUCGUACUAGCGUUUCCGCAGAGAACUCUGACCGAGAGACGUGUUAUUGUCGGAGACGCGCGUUGUCACGCCACGGGAAUU